AUGGCAGAUGAAUUUCAGACCACUGGGAACUGGUGGGAUUCAUCAGCAAGAACCCGGUUCGAGACCGGGACAUCACCGCCAGCUUCAACCCUCAAUAGCUUGGGAAGCUUUGGAUGGCAACCAGACAUGGUUGACCUCAAGGCAAGGUCUUCUAUGGAUUCCGGGUCUGUUUCGGGUACUUCUUCUAUGGUCUUCCACAGUGUUCACAAGCUGGAAGAAGGCCCUGACUCCGCCACGGGAAGCGGCGGAGACCCCAGCUUGCAUAUGAUGGGUUUAGGGCUUUCCUCCCAGGCGACAGAUUGGAACCAUGCCUUAUUUCGUGGGGAGAAGGCGGAGACCAGUUUCCGUUCAAUACUACAAGAAAACUUGAAUUCUAACACAAACUUUCAUCAAGAAAAUGACCAACAGCUCCAAUGGAGGGACAAGUUGUUUGCUGGUGGUUGUGGAGACUCUUCUAACAACGAGUUUAAGCAAAUGAACCGGGGUUUCUCUUUAGAUCAAACGCAGUUUAGUCCUCAGUACAGCUCCGGCGACAGCACGGUGACGUGCCAAGGCUUGCCCUCUAGCUUUCAGAUGGAUUCAGGAGCAGCUUUGUAUGGAAGCCCCUCAACCAUAUUGCAAGGACUAUUGGGGCCUCAUCAUGAUAAUCAGCAACCUAACUCAGCCCCUAUGAAUUUUCCUUAUCAAGCAAAUUAUGGGGUUAACUCUAGUGAUCAGCUACUGCCUUCUUGGUCUAAAGUGCCUCAAUUUCUAAGAACAUCACCUCCCAAACAACCUCCUCAAAGCCAUUUACAAUUUUCUAAUAAUGCUACCUUUUGGAAUGCACCUCAUGAGGCCGCCAUGAAAGAUGUCCGCCCGAGCUUUUUCCCAUCGUUGCAGCAGCAGUUUCCCACGGCACGAUUCGAAGAAAAACCUAAGAAUAUAUCUGAAGUUCAGGAAUCAGGUGCAGUGGGGAAGAAAAGUGGGAGUGAAACAGCAUCCAAAAGGCCUCGGAAUGAAACCUCAUCACCCUUGCCAGCUUUUAAGGUGAGGAAAGAGAAGAUGGGGGACAGAAUCACUGCCCUCCAACAAUUGGUUUCACCUUUCGGAAAGACUGAUACAGCCUCAGUGCUCUCUGAAGCCAUUGAAUAUAUCAAGUUUCUCCAUGAACAAGUUAAUGUUUUAAGCACCCCAUACAUGAAAAGUGGAGCUGCCAUACAACACCAGCAGAAUUCUGAUAAAUCUAAGGACCCAGAUCAAGGUCCGAAGCAAGAUCUUAGAAGCCGAGGACUGUGUUUGGUACCGGUUUCGAGCACAUUCCCGGUCACACAUGGGACAACAGUUGAUUUUUGGACGCCUACAUUCGGAGGAACUUUCAGAUAG